CAACGACGCCAUUUUGUUUAUAAAUAUGGCGGACAUGUAAACCCGAAAAACUAGUUCACGAAGUUUGACUCGUUUUAAUGUGAUUAAAAGCGUUUUAAAAUACAAUGAAUGCAUACAAUUUAAGAAACCUACACUAAUAUGCCCACAACAAUGAUGCAAGUUAGCCAGCCUAUUGCCCACUCACUGGGUGGGCAAACCAUUAAACAAGUGCCAGCCUUGAAGACGAUUCCAAAAACACAGUCAAUUAGCAUCGAAAUUGUGGAGAAAUCCAUGUUUAAACCGGCAGAUCUUGGUAUCGAAGUAGUGGACAACGUUGUUUGGCAGAACUGGCAACCUGGUAGAGAAUAUACAAAGAACAUUGUGUUGAAAAAUGUGAAAGUGAAGACACAGAAGAUAAAAUAUAAUGUACCCAGCUCUAGAUUCUUCACCACUCUCUAUCCGAAGCCUAUCGUUCUCAGUGCUGGGACAAGCUUCUCUCUCCCAGUGACAUUCCGGCCCCUGGAGAAAAUAGUGUACGAUGACAAAAUAACCUUCCAUACAAAGGAGGGGACUUUUGAAAUCCUCAUCAAAGCUGUUCUGCCAAAAUAUGACAUAGAGGUACCUGAGAAUAUCAACUUUGACAUGUGUGCAGCAAAAGAUUUCAUUGAGGCGUCAUUUACUGUCAGAAAUUCAGGUGACCUGCACACAAGUCUAGACUGGGAGGUGUGUGAACCCUUCACCAUCCAACCAGGGGUCACAAAGUUGCAGCCAGGGGAAAGCAGAGUCUUCAAGGCUACAUUCAAACCUGAUAGUGCAACAGUGUAUGAAGCCACUGCCGUAUGCAGUUAUGGACCCGAAGGAUGUAUGUCCAAGACGGCCACUUUCAUUGGAAUUGGCAAAUACCCCCACAUCAUUGUAUCGUCAGUGGGUAAACCCUCGACCACCCUCAACAAAGAUAACCUGGAGGCUGUGAUUCAGUUCGGUCCCACUGCUGUUGGGACCACCGUACAGAAAAUGGUGGAGCUUCAUAACCUCGCCCCAGUUCGAGCCCCAUACAAGGUCGAGCACACUUCAGCACUCAGCAGGAUUGAUACAGUGUUCCAGUGUCCCAAAAUGACUGGGAUUGUGCCCCCCAUGUCCUCUGUGAAAAUUUUAAUCUCAUACAGUCCAAAUACGGUUGACGUGACAAGCGUAGAUUACUUCAGUGUUGUAGCGAUAGGGAAAGUCAGUAAAAGUGUGAUAAAAUGUGUGGGAUCCUCAAUAGGUCCGGAGGUAGCGUUAAGUGCAAAAGUUGUAAAUUUCCUGCAGAUCAAUGCAGGAGAGGAGGCGACCAGGACAGUCGACAUCGUCAACAGCUCGGACAUUGACGCUGAAUUUCAGUUUAUGAUCGACUGUUCAGAGAGCGUUUUCAAGUUCAAGCAAAUCUCCGGCUGCCUAAAAGCAAACAGCUCUAAGACGAUUAUACUGAAGUUUGUGCCGAUCCAUCCUAUCAACUACCACCGUAGAGUCACGUGUGUCGUUCACAAUCAAGGACCCCUGUUUCUGGAUCUUAUCGGCACGUGUCAUUCCGAGUUGGUAAAGCCAGCGGUCCUGCAGGCCAAACACCUUGACAAUUUCCGCACGCACGUGGAACGUGGCUUCUCUGUGUACCCGCCAGAACAGCUCAACGAGCUUCGUCAGAAAGGGAGACUGGAGUUGGACGAUGCUGGAGCCCUCAUGGCCCCUUCGAAAGAGGCUUUUGAGGUCGAGCCAUUGGAUAAUCUACGAUUCAAGAAAAGCUAUAAAGCGACGGCUUCUGAUCAACCCCAGUCAGGGGUAUUGAUUGGCACAGUGGAGAACCCAUCAGAACAUCCCCUGCACCAAGUUCCCCCGAUGGAUGAAUACUUCAAUGACGGAUUCCACUCUGAUAUCAUUAAUUUUGUGCCACAUGUGAGCACAGACGUGAAUGUUGUGGAUUUUGGAAACUGCCAGAACCUUCGUGUGAUUGAAGACCGAAAUGUUACGCUGACCAAUCACACUAAAGGAAAAAUUACCGUACAAUGGAUGGGAGGUGCUGAGAAAACCUUCACCGUCACCCCAGAUGUGAUUGACAUUCCACCCCUGAAAUCUUGUGCCUUCCAAAUUAAAUUUAAACCAAAUGCUCCUAACCAGUUUUUCGGAGCCGAGCUCGAAUGCUAUGCCUUCUACAAGAGUCUGCGAGACUACAAGUUGGUGGAAGACAGCACCCACUGCCCGCCCUGGUGUGUCACCCUCAACUGUGCAGGUCAAACAUUCAUGCCAAACAACGAGACAUUCCUGCCCCGCUACACGCUGGACGCAGCCAAGCUCGUUUUCCCUGCCGUGAACGCAAAGGAGGCCACGUACCGAACCCUGCUGAUGAGGAACACCGCGUCCACUCCGAUACUGUUUGACAUAGAGAAGGAUCCCUCGAGCACAUUCUCUGUGAAACCCUCGAAGGCAUUGCUGAAAGGUGAACAGCAGGUGUUUGUUGUGAAAAUCCUUCCCAAGGAGGUGAAGACGUACAAACACAAGCUGACCAUGCGACUGAAUGACAACGAGAAAUACAACAAGGAGCUGGAGUUGGUUGGUUCUGCAGAGGCCCCGCUAGUUCUUCUCGAUACCCAGGGAGAAAUCUUCUUCAAACCAACGUGCGUUGGAACAUCAUCCAAGCGCACAUACAUGAUCAAGAAUGUGUCUCGGAUUCCUUUGAGGUUUGAGUGGAAGCUGAGGUUUGCAGACAAGAACCUACUGUCAGUUGUCCCAGAGGCGGGUAUAAUUCAGCCUAAUGAAUCACAGUCCCAGAUUUGGUCAUUUGUACCAAAGCAAGAACAGAAGUACGUGAUGAAACCAGCCCUGGUAGUUUGGGGUCAGGGACUGAGUUCCACGUCCUCAGGAGGCAAGAAGAAGCAGUUUGAUGUUCGAGCGGUCGGUGAGGGAUCCAUCGGUGAUAUUAAGGCGGAGGAAGGCUACCUAGACUUUGGUGACGUGAUCGUCGGCAGCUCGGCCUCGAAGCACAUCACGCUCUUUAACAACAGCAGCUGCAGUCUGCACUACCGACUCUCCAUUGACCAGACCCUGGAUGGACCGUAUCCAGAGGAAAUGACAAGGACCGAUAAAAUUGGACUCGAACUGGACAGAAUGGAGGGCAUUAUACCAGCGCGCUCUCGACAGAUCAUCUCCGCGAUGGUUCGACCAAUCAGACGAGUGACGUACCAGUUCGCCAUUUCGUACCAGCUUAUAACCCCAGAAGAUGUCUCCAGUGCCUCCACCCAGGAACCCCAGCAUCUGUGUCACAUUCUUGUUACGGGGGUUUUCCCAACCAUGUCCAUCACAGAUGCCCGCUGCUUUGGAAGUGCUGUUGGCAUCAGCAAGAAGCAGCUGUGGUCACUUUUCUCCUUGGACAACCUCAACGUUUGUCUGGACUCAGACCCGUCGGCCCGGGAGCUCAUGUACAGCGUGCAGACUCGACACAGCCACCAGCGCCGCGCGCCUGUAUACACGCGCGCCAUCAUGGACUUCAACUUCAGCGCUGCGCCACUGGGUAGCGAGGCGUGCUUUGUGAACCUGAUGUUUGAGAAUACGGGCACUGUUGCAACAGAAUGGGCCUUCCUGUUCCCGUCUGAUCUACAUACGGAGCUGGAGUAUUGGGCAGAGACUGGGGAGUUUGAUGAGGAUGAAUUGCACGAGAUGAAGGUCAUGGACAACAACCUGUUCACUAUUGAGCCUCGCAAGGGCAAACUUGACCCAGGAGAGUGCGGUAGCGUCACGUUCAGCUAUAAACACUUUAUCGCCGGAACUGACAGGCUGCCCGUGCUGCUGAAGUUGGCCCGUGGAAGAGAAAUCCUGUUGAAUUUCAUCGGUGUGACUGUUGACCAGGACAGGCACUACAUUCACUUCCCAUCCAGCAAGCACAUGUUCACACCAGUGCCUGUGGGAGAAAAGAUCAGCCCUAAACAGGUGUAUGAGCUGUAUAACGGUGGAGCCACAUCCGUGCGCUACCAGUUUGACCUCACACCUCUUGACCUCAUACGUCAGGAGAACUUUGACCAGCCAAUCUUCGAGUGCCUCAAUCCGAUGGGAGAAAUCCCACCUGGGCGAUCGUUGAACAUUGAGUGGAGAUUUUCACCAAUUGAGGCCAAGACAUACAUGGUGGAUGUCCCAAUUCAUGUGCACAACGGUGACACGGCCAUCGUCACGUUCACGGGUGUCGGGUAUGACAAGAGGAUCAUGGGAGAGACCAUGCCGAUGACCGACCAGCAGGAUCUGACCGGAGUGCCCGGAGUGCAGAGUGUGCCAAUUCCCGGACAGCUGGCGUUCCUGUCACAAGAGAGGAUCUCCUUCGGGAAUCUGCCGCUGUUCUGCCGCGGACGUCGGAUGGUGUUUGUGAGCAACAAGUCAAAGAACCGCCCUGUGUCAUUUGAGUGGCAUGUAACCUGCCCUACUGACAGUCAGUUUCUGUCCAUUGGACCUGUGCGAGGAUACCUGAACCCUGGAGAGAGCCAGAUGUGUCGUGUAAACUUUGUAGCGGCUGGUCAACCCUCGUUCUACGAUCUAGACCUUGUCUGUGAGGUGACCGACCAAGUUGAGUACAACAACUACAAGAACAGACUGGCAGAAUGGGAGGGGGAACGCUUGCGACAGAAAUACGAGUUCACGAUCACAGAAAAUGAUCUUGAUGCUGAUAAACGCAUUGGCAGUCCCGAGAUUACGGACUUGGAGCCACUGAAGCAGAAGACAGCUGAUGAUGCGUUGAGGAUGAGCGAAACAGACUUUGCUAAAUAUAAGACGCUGCCGCCAAUAAGCAAGCUCUCGCCUGACGAGGAGAAAAAUGAAUGUGAGCGACGCCACAAGAAGGCCAAUGAAUUGUGGGAGAAACCAGAACCUCCCACGCCCUUCUUACUUCACCUCGGUCUUACAGCUCGCACCCACGACAUUCGAGCCUUCCAGGCAAACUUCCCGGAUGAGUACCGCAAAUAUUAUGUUGAUCGGUGCCUCAGUGCAAACGAAGAAAAGAAAGAUGCACCAGUCGAGAACAAAAAGACGGAGAUUAUCGACUGCAAACAGUCGGAAGCAGAUCUGAUAUCAGGAGUGAUGGCUAACGUUCUCAGGGGCUUGCUGGAUGACUCGGCGUUCCAUGACAGCGUUGUCAAGGUGAUGAAGGACCCAGUGCCUUACUUUGCCCAGAUUGGGGCCCGGGCAGACAAAAUAGAGCCUCGUGAGAGCCCUUCCCCGCCCAGCUCGCCAGUGGGUCGGCCUGGGACACGCCCUAGCCCGCCAUCACCCUCUUCCAGUAAGGUAUCGUCUGCGUCCACGAAGAAACAACGUAAGAGUAGCAAGUCGUCUCUGAAGUCAGCUGACAGAAGCAAGGUGAGCACUCCAGACACUAAGGCCUCCAAGACGAGUACACCACGCUACACAAAGGAUGAGAUACUGAAGGUUAAACAGGAAGAGGAGAGGUUGAAGGGAAAACAGGAAAUGAAAAAGCUCAUUCUGAAUAAACUGCCAGAGUUCGGAAACAGUGUGGAGAGUGUAUUGGAGAAUACGAUUUUGAACAUCUUGUCCGAGGCACUGGAGGGAGAGUUCAACAUCACGGCUCGGCCUCGAUUUAUUGCUCUGCCCAAGCGUAACGGGUCCUCGACAAGCAGAGCAGGAAAACUUUGAGAUGUGACUUUAUGUGAAUUACUGACUUUGUACUGUAUUGAAAAUGUUUUAUGAACAUUUUUGAAUAUUGGUUGAGACAUGAUUUACUGUGAAUUACUGACUUUGCAUUGUAUUGUAUUGGAUAUAUUUUAUGAUUUUUUUUUUUAAUAUUGGCUGUCAUACGGGAGAAUUUUGUUGUCAAUGUUAAGUUUUCCGAAUGUGUUGUUGAUUAAUUGAAAAUAAAAUGUAUAUGAAGUAUCAGCACAUGUUUUAAAUUUGAUUUUUUUUUUGUUUUCUUUUUUUGAUUUCACAAAUGUGAGGUGUUAAUGACUGACCAAAGGUUUUUGUGAUAAUAAAUUGAAUAGGAAUAUUAAUUGAGAAUAAUGUACAUUCUUAUCUUUAAAUUUGGUUUGGAUAUAUUAAUUCAGUCAUUCAUGAAAUAAACACAUAUGCUUCUAACUUCACUUUUCAAAUGUAUAUGAUAUCCCACAUAUGUAUUCUGCAUAGCAAGAGCAAGGAAAAAAUGCACGUAUGUAUAUUAACAAGUCGGAAAACAUACAUAUAUAUGAUUUGAAAUUAAGUUUGUUGUGCUAAUAUGUGCUAAUACGAGUUAUAUAUCAAUUUAAAAAACAUAUAUAAUGCAUUUACUUGUUUUGGAGUAUUUAAGUUAAAACAAGUUAUAUGAUCAUUAUCAUUAUUGAAUAUAGUGUAAAAUAUUAUUGUUAUUGCAGUAUGCUCUAGACUGCGCUUACACUCACAUGUUCAAGUUUAUUAUAUAAAUACAAUGUAUGUUAUAAUGUAAUAGUGUUUAAUUGCACGAGUGCCUGAUAAAUUCUGUGAUGUCAAUUGAUAACUUUUAUUGCAGACUAAAGUUUUUACACACACUUCAUUUUCUUUCAGUACUUAAUAUCAAGAUAGAUCAACUGUCAAAAUACAGCCUGACCAAAAUUAUUUUGUGCAUUAAUAAUGUUCCACAGUAUCUAUCUAGUUCAGCAGUACAUUGAUGUUCUUUUAAGUUCAUCUGUCAUGUUUAUUUAAUUGUUUCUAAAAUUUAGUGAUCCUUCUAAAGAUAAAUUUGAACUUUUGUCACAUGUAGAAAUUUUCAUAAGUUUGGUCUAUAACUGUCUGUGAUAUAUAAAGAUUUUUAGUUAACGUUUGAACCUUUCUUGUUUGUAAAUAUGGUUUGUGCAUGUGUAUAUGAUUUUUUACGCUGAUAAAAAAAGCUCCUAUGUAAAAACUGAAGUUGCUUCAAUUUAUUUCAUUUCUUAACUCUCUGGCUAUUUUGCAUUAAUUUUUACUUUUAAAGAUUGUGGACAAGUAAAUAUUGCUUACAUGUAAAUAAGUAAUAUAUUAUUUUUUGCUAAGCAGAAAACAUUUAAAUAAAUAUAAAUUGAAUCAAAGUUUCACUAAAGUACAACUUAAGAUUUUGCUAAGUCACUUUCUAAUACUGGCCCUCAAUAUCAAUCUUGGUCUUCACUUAAAAUCAUUUUAUUUAUAAAAAUACUUCGGUCAAUGGUAUGCAACGUAUUUUAUAACAUUACAUUUUGACAGAUAAAAUAUUAAUAAAGA